AUGAAUGAGAAACGAAUCAAAUCCGAUGAGCCACAUUUGAGUUUGCCUUUGAAAACUCCAAUUGAAUAUGAAUCAGUUAAUAGAAUUCCAAGUCUGGAAGAAGCUCUGAAUUCAGAAAUAAAACAUGGUCAAGUAGAUCCCAAUAUGAACAUGAAGAAGUUGAGAAGAACAAUAUCAAAUCGAUUGUCUGCUCAAAGGUCUAGGAUGAGGAAGACUGAAUACAUUGAUUUGUUGAAAAAAGAGGCCAAAGAUCUUGAGGAAAGGAUAGCUUUUUUGGGACGAAAAAUAGAAAAUGACAAAGACAACAACAAGAAGCUGCAGCUUGAGAAUCAAAUGUUGCAAUUACAAUUGGAUAGCAUCACUAACAAAUCUAAUUUACUCGCUGUGCAAAAUGAAGAGCUGAAAGCUGAGUUGAAGAGGCUUAAGGAACCUGAGGAUGAGGAAGAUGAAGAGUAUAUCGACAUAGACCAUAAAUCUGAGAAGAUCCUGCCUUCGCGUAGAGCUAACGCCACGAAUGCGAAUGCUAGGAAUGUAAACGCAUCUCCUCCAGUCCCAGAUCAGGAAGUCUCCAAUGUUGAAUUCAAGAACGUCAUUCAGAUAUUGUCUUUGAGUAUGGCCAACCAGAACAAUAAGUGGGUUGAAGCUUAG